AUGCAUUUUGCUAUAGAUGUGAUCAAGUUUAUCUUAGCAGUGAAGAAUGUGUUGAUCCACGACGUCCGGCCACUGAACGUGUCGUGUUCCGCUGUCCAAUGUGGACAGUGGUGUGCAAUGGACACUAGCUGUGUGGCCUUCCUCUACGACCACGCCCGCCAUACCUGUUACCCACACCCGGAAGUAUAUACGUCCUUAAUGAAGGAUCAGUAUAUAAAGAAAGGAGGGUUAAAGUUAUACCUUGACUCAAAAGCCCAAGUCUGCAGAGUCCAGAGUCGCCACUACUCUCGACAGACAGGCAAAUGCUACGAUGUCCACGGAGAUGAGGAGGACAUUCUUCCUGUAACGACCAUUAAUCCGAAAGCUGUACAGUGUCGACGCCUUGGUCACAGCUACUGGGAGAUGGGUGACAUAUGCUACAGGAAGAUGUCAAAGGUGACGGUCUGGAUCACAGCUUUAAACGAUUGCAGAGCGUUAAAUGGUACCAUGUUUAAUGUUGACAGUGACAUAAAACAUGAAUUCUACGUCAAGGUUGUGGCAAAGCAGACGAACCAGAGAAAGAGCCUUCUUGGGACGAGAAAAAGAAACUGCGAUAAUCUCGUGUUUUGCGAAAAUGUUUGGGCAUGGUGCGGGAAGCCUCUAACUCGCUUCAGGUGGCAUGAUGGCUUCCCCAAGGAUUGGUUUACCGGUAACUGUGUUCAGUACACCUGGAGGGAAAACAAUUAUCUCUGGGAGAAUGUGGCUUGCUAUACUGCACGGAGGUAUUACUGCCAUUUCCAAAUACAAUGAACUUGAUGUUAACCUGUCACCAUUACUGUAGAUUGGAUAAUUGGGUUUCAGUGCGAGUGGUGUGACUAAUACUAUGGCCACAUGCUCCGGCAGGUUUACAGUUUGGACCUCACUGUAUCAUUUACACA